AUGGCGGCGGAAUCGGGGCGCUCGUGGGCCCAGGCUCGCAGAGCGUACGGUGCAAGCGAGGCCCUGCGGCGCGGCGUGGACCGCCGGCGGGCCCCCGGCCCCCAGCCCAAUGGGCCGGUCCCUGAAGAAGCCCGCGCCCCAGGCCGCCUGGCUCGCCUGCGCGGCCAGCUCCGGGCUGAGACGGAGGCGCGGGCCAACGCCCCCCGGCUGCUGCGGCUGGUGGAGCGCGCGGGGGCGGCGGCAGGGGCCAGAGACGAGGCUGCCGGGGUGCAGGCGGACGCGCGCAGCCGAGGCUCUGUGUGCUCGGUGUGCGGGGAACCACGCGGCGGGGCCACCUACCCGGCCGGCGUCCUGGAGGUGAGCGAGCGGCGGCUGCAGGAGGGCCUGGCGGCCGUGCGUGCGGAGCUGGGAGCGGGGCUCGAGGCGCUGCGCGUGGAGCUCCGGGCGGAACUGGAAGCCCUGCGCGCGCUGCUGCCGCCACCGCCACCCGCCCGCCGCGAGCCCCGCAUCGCGCCCCGCGGCCCGGCCCUGCUGCGGGCGCUCGGCACCGUGAACGCCCUGGCCGCGGCCACCAGGCCCACGGACGACGCCUCGGACGGCCCCGCGAACGGCCCCGCGAACCAGGCCCUUGCCCGGAAGAACCUCAAGAAGACGCCGGUGCCCCCCGGGGCCCCGCCGGGUGGUGGGGAUUGA